AUGUCUUCUCUCCAGAGUACUGCCACAAGUAUGGUCGAACAGGCUCCGCAGUGGAAAGACUACUCGAGGGAAGAAGUCGAAGACGUGCUCUUCAAGUUCCUUCAGAAGAACGAAGACAAGAGCUUCCUCCCCGUCUCUUUGUUCCAAGACACUGGCCUGGCCAAAGACCUGAAGAGCCCCUUCAAGUUCUCCAUGGCUUUGACUAGGCUAGCGAUGACUGAGAGAAUCUACCACACGUGCGACUUCAACUGGUUCAGCGCCACACAGCUUGAUGACAAUUACCAACUCUUUAGCAACGCCCUGAACCACAACUACGGGCGCAAGAUGAUCGUCAACAACGAGAGGACUGGUCUUGUGCACAACGAGCCCCGGGUACCCCUAGCUGACCUGAAGAAGCUCUUGCUUUCCAAAGAUAUCGAGGCGGCUGACAAGUUCUUUGAUGGCACCACUCGCCUGCUUGGCGACGAUAAGGCCGAGGUGCUCGAGAACAUCGUUUACUUCGCUAGCUACCCUCGCUGUGGCAACACUUGGUUCGCUGCCAGCUUUGAAGAGCUCACCUCUAUUGCGCCUGGUUCAGACAUGGGCCUUGACGCGUUGACCCUGACAGUGGGUCUCAUGAUCAGCGGACAGGUGGCCACUCAGAGCCAUGACGAGGGCCAGUGGUUGAUGAAGACGCAUAUUCCAUUUGACGACUGCAAAUUCCCGAUCGACAUAAAGAAAGUGGUCCUGGUUGUCAGGAACCCCAUCCAGGCUAUCCAGUCCCAAAUGCACCUCCUCAGCUCUUGGUCGCACAACCUUGUCAUCGACACCGAAACCAUCAAAGAAAACGACUUGGUCAAAAUGACCCGGGAGAACCUGAAGCCCUUCGUCGACUUCCAUCUCGAGUGGAUCAAAGCUGCUCGUGAGCGCAAGUGCCAGAUCUACUUCUUCAGGUACGAAGACAUGUGCGACAACCUUGAGAAGGUCUUGACCGAAGCCUUCAAGUUUAUUCUCGAGGUCGAUAGCUUGGAAGGCACGGUGAUCGAGCACAACAUCAACAAGCUUCUCGAAGGGCGAAAGAAGAUCAGAAUCUACAAGAGAGCUUCGAAGGAGGGAGAUAAGGUCAAGGUUGUUCAGAAAGAAUUCCUACACUCGAUCCCUGGGACUCAAGAAGUGCUCAAGUUCUUCGGCUACAUGGCCGAAAAUGAGGAUAGCCCGGAGGUCAUCUUCCACCGCACCCACUUGACAGGCGACAUGCCCUUCAACAAACUGAAUGCCGAACAGCACGCCGCGUUUAAAAACAAAGAGUAUGAAAGCAAGCCUACUUUCAAGUCGUCGGACUUGAAGUAUAUCGGACGAGACCCCAAUGUGCCCAACACUAUGGCGGAGAUUUCUCGCUACAUCAAGAUGAAAGAGAGAUUUGUUUAA